GUGAUUUGAAAACGGGCGAUGUGGUGUGGGCACCGUACAGACGCUUUCCUGAAUGGCCUGCACUGGUUCGCUGCGUUUAUCCAAAGAAAGUCACGUUCACGUUCCUACCAAUAAGCGAGGACCCAAAUGCGAAAUCAUCAGUGUUCAACUGCCCGCCACACAAACUUCGCCUCCUCACCGGCAGCGAACCGUUGCCGGCUGGUGCAAAAAAGGAUAUGCGAGAUGCAUACAAAGCAGCACUUGAAAUACUGAAAAAGAAUGGCCUGCUAAGAGAAGAGCGUCAGCUGUCAGAAGAAUUACCACUUCUGAAAGCGAGCGAAAUCAACAAGCAGAGUGUUCUGGGCGAAUUGUUCGAGAAAACCAAGAAG